GUGUCUUGAAAAUGAGUCAUGCUGAGAGAAAGAGACCUUCUGAAUCUGAUCUAGCUGUUUUGCGGAAUCUCCAAUUUCCAAUUCCUAGUGAACUGUAGUAGCCGAAUUGGAGAGCACCCAUCUGGGCUUUUUCUCGCUUUAUCCACCAAGUUUCUGAGCUUUCAAAGAAGAGGAAAAAAGCAGUUAAAAACAGAGCAAAAACAGAGUGGAAUUUGGGAUAAAUGAUGGGGAUUUUGCAUGAAGAUAUGGUCCUCAUAAAUGAGGAAGAAAAAGCAGGAGAUCCCACUGUUAUUACUGUGAAUUGUCCCGACAAAACUGGUUUAGGAUGUGAUUUGUGCAGGAUUAUUUUGCUCUUUGGCUUGAAUAUUUGCAGAGGAGAUGUUUCAACGGAUGGGAAAUGGUGCUACAUAGUGUUUUGGGUGGUGGGAAAAGCAAGCACAAGAUGGAAAUUGUUGAAGAAGAGACUUUUGGAAGUGUGUCCGUCAUAUUUUUCAACAUCGGAAAUCGAUUACUACCGGAAGAAAAACCAGCCGCCGCGGCCACCGGAAGUUUUUCUCUUGAAAUUCUGGUGUUCUUAUGAUCGAGAAGGCCUGUUGCAUGAUGUCACUGAGGUUCUCUGCGAGCUAGAGCUAACAAUAAAGAGAGUGAAAGUAUCCACUACUCCUGAUGGGAGAGUGAUGGACCUCUUUUUCGUUACAGAUACCAGGGAACUUCUUCACACAAAAAGGAGAAAGGAAGAAACGAUUCAUCAUCUGAAAGCAGUUCUACGGGAUGUCUUGAUAAGUUGUGAGAUUGAUAUGGCCGGUCCGGAAGUUACCGCAUGUUCACAGGGUUCUCCAUAUCUUCCUUCUGCAAUCGGUGAAGAAAUGUUCAGCCUGGAGCUGCCAAAACAACACCUAAGUGGAGCUGUCGCCACUAACCCAACUUCAGUCACAAUGGACAAUAUCCUUAGCCCAUCUCACACACUUGUUCAGAUCCUCUGUGAGGAUCAUAAAGGGCUCAUCUACGAUGUCAUGAGAACGCUUAAGGAUUAUAAUAUUCAGAUUUCAUAUGGACGGUUCUUUGCGAACCCAAAACGGAACUCCGAGUUAGACUUGUUUAUAAUGCAAGCAGAUGGCAAGAAGAUUGUUGACCCCAGCAAGCAAGAUGCAUUGCGCGCGCGCUUGAAAAUGGAACUACUACGUCCUCUUAGAGUGGCUGUGGUGAGCCGUGGCCCAGAUACCGAACUGCUGGUAGCUAAUCCCGUGGAGCUCUCUGGCAGGGGUCGUCCUCUCGUUUUUCACGAUAUUACUCUUGCCCUUAAGUUUCUCAACAUACGCAUUUUCUCGGUUGAGAUAGCUAGACACAUGAUCCGAGAUCGGGAGUGGGAAGUGUACAGAAUUCUGCUCGAUGAAGGAGUCGGUUUUUCGAUGCCGCGGAGCGAGAUAGAAGUCAGCGUGAGAAACAUAUUGAUGGGCUGGGACAAGAGUAGAUAAGUUUAAUUUCCAUGAAUGUGCAGCGCAGCUUCUUAUUUCUCAAGCCCUGUUGAGUCUAAUAUGACUAAUAGAUGCUAACCGCCGACAAAGUACUAGUCAUGAAAUGCAUAUAAAUACAAAUGGAUAAGCCCUUUUAUCCAUUGAUGAUACAAAUUUGUUGGUUCUUUCUCCAAUGGCCUAAUUAGCGUUUUUUUUUUUUUUCUCUCUCUAAUUAAUAUUUCACUUCGGCUUUUUCUCAGGAAGAGAAUAACUGUUUUGUUUUGAAACAUGUGUAUUUCGCAUCCUUUUUUUUUUUCGUGAAUAAUUUUUGCUAUAUCUUUCAUUCUUCCGUUAGUUGCCUGUCUGAUCAGCGGCACUAGGAGGACUGCUCAAACAAGCCUCUCCUAAAGCAUAAAAAGACGGCUCAACGGUCACCGUCGUUCGGUCAAACUUUGCUUUAAAGGUUCCAUAGUUCAACCAACUAUGACUUUAAAUAAAUUUCAUC